CCAAGUAGUCCCUACAUUCACCCACCGCCAUGUCCGACUUAUUAAUGUGCUCCUUCCGAUCGCCCUUCGCAAUCCUGACAUUCACUCUACCCCUACCCAUUUCUGCCAGCCCUCUGACCCCCUAACCUGCCGUAAACACUCCCGACAGUUUCCGUAUCCUGUCUUCAUAUCUCCGUAUUACGGAACCGCUUCUCAAAUUUAUUUAGGUAAUCUAGGACACAUGGGCAGAGACACCAUGUCCAGGGCAUCUCCACAAUCUCCCAGAAUGCUCAAGCGGAAGCGAUCGGGCACAGCGCCCUUGACCCCUCCAUUGUCGACGCACGAUGCGGAAGGCGCCAGACUCCUUGACCGAGCCGUGAAUGUUCUCUCCACCGCCGCCACCGCUCUUUCCCAGGUCACUGUUUUGUACCAGAGCGAUCACUAUGCUAGAGACAGCCUUGUCCGUGCAGUUGAGCGCCUCACAAAGACGUAUGAAGCAGGCGGGAAGCUUCUGAUUUGCGGCGUGGGCAAGAGCGGGCUUGUCGGGAUGAAAAUGGUGGCUACCAUGAAGAGCCUUGGACUUGGCGCUUCCUUUCUACAUGCUUCCGAGGCCCUGCAUGGUGACCUGGGAGAUCUGAGAUCUAGCGAUGCUAUCAUGUUCGUCUCAUUCUCCGGAAAGACGCCUGAACUCCUCAGUCUCCUCCACCACAUCCCGAAAUCCAAUACAGUCCUCGCCAUUACAUCCCACACCAGCACCGGCGAUUGUCCUCUCUUAAUGGGACGGCCUGAUGCGGUCCUACUGCCCGCGCCCAUACAUGAAGCUGAGGAAAUAUCGUUUGGAGUGUGUGCACCAACUACGUCCACAACGGUGGCGAUUGCGGUUGGAGAUAUGCUGGCGCUCACAGUCGCUGAGGCCAUACACCAGGGCAACACCAAACAGAUCUUCCAGCGCAAUCACCCAGGAGGCUCGAUUGGAGCCCAGGCGCGGCAGCCUGUAAGUGGCGAAGAGGCAGAGGAGGAGAUCAGCCCCAAAAGAUGCCCGAGUAUGCCAUCACCAGAUUGAAUAUACCGUUGCUCGCAUGGAGACCGCCUCCAGGCAUUCAUGUCCCGAAAUAGAGUUUGGGGUGUUUUCCGUCCGCUUCUACCCAUGUUGUGAAUCCGUGUCCUAGCUGUCCAACCGAUGGGAUUGCCUCUCUUUAUUUUCCGUGUUCUCGUG